UCUGACUGAUGAUGUUAUGAGUUCAUAACGAAACGUCUCAAUAAAAUGAUUAAAACGGUGUCUAUAAUUCUCUUAUUUAUAUUGAUUUUGUCAUGUUACAGAAUACUUUCAAGAAGAAAAAAAUGAGAAAUGAGUUUUUUUUGUGAAAAACGAUCUGAAAGGGGUGUUGAAGUGUUUAGGGUCAAAAAUUUGCCCCUCACAGACCGUGACAGAGAAACUAUAGUGUUAAAGCAUCAAAUAAAUGGUAAGGUACAAAUCUAUCUUGAAAAAAUGGAACAAAGCGGUGUCCAUUUAAUUAGUAACAAUAAGUCCAUCGUGUUUCACAUUUCUAAUCCUGCAAGGAAUUGCGCUAACAGUUUUUUCUAUAAAGGAAGUCAAGUAAUACCUUAUCUUCUUCUCGAUCGUGUUCGCAAGAUAAUCGAUAAUAUUCUAAUGCACCUGUGAAAUAUUUUUUCCCUGUUCGACAGAUUUGAAAGAGAGAACGAAAUAAAAAAUGACUCAUUUUUGUAAGUUGUGUCAACCUAUAGAUCAAAUUGGCUUGUACCCACAGAAAUUCUUUCACAAUUCAAAGCAAAUCGAAUUAUUUGAGUUGCUCAGAAAAAAGAUUGGAGACAAAGAAUUAACAUUAGAUAUGCUGAAGGACGAGAAAAAUUAAACAUAAGAGAACUAUAAAAUAUCGAAUUCUCUUUCUCUCUGUCACUAAUAAUAAUCUUAUAAAUACUUAGUUGUUACCGUUCGAUGCGUCUGGUUUUGAAUAGUGUAGCUUGUUAUCUAUCGACUUCGAUAAAAGAUAUAAGAUGAAUUUAAUCAUUUAAUCUAUACGCCUCACAUUAGCUUGAUAUUCAGUCUCAAAUAAUAAAUAAAUCGAUGCAAUCUGUUCGAUAUCUUAUCGAUUGUUGAUCUUCAACUAAUGAGCAAAUACACGAUCCAUAUUCUUCUGAAAGAUUAGAUUUAACAAAAAAGUAAAAUAACUAUCAUCUUUGUUUUCUGCUGGAUGAUGCAAGUGAAUCAGGUAUCACUAUUUUUCAACAUUAAUGGAAAACGCGUUGACAUGUAAUAGUACCAUUGUUUAGCAAACUCACUCUUUAAGAGAGGGUCCGCGCGACCACCAAUAGAGCUGACCGCCACUAAAAGGUUUUUUUUUGGAUUCUUUUAUUGCAAACGAAAGAUCAUAUUGAGAACCCUUCGAAUCCAAAAUAUCAUGUUUUUCGGACGUAUCUAUGAAAAAUGCCGAAGAUAACAACUUUUAAUAUUUGAUGAAUAGCCCAUAAAAUUUUAAAAAAAAUGAUCCUUAAUAGUUAUUUUGCUCGGUAAUCAGCCAUUGUACGGACUAAGCUUGUCUCAAAUAAAAAUCUGACUACAGAUUCAUGAUCAGCAUCAAAGACUGAAGAUAAAAAAGUCACUUGGUUGAAUAUACACUCCAUAAAAUUGAAGAAAUCAACUUAAGUAGGAAGAUACUGAAUUCAUCAUAGAUUGUGUAUUAAUAAGUACAAUAGUCAACCUAUCUAGGUUUUUUUUUCAAGAAGAAAUUACAUCAAUCAUCUUGUUUCAUUUUGAGCCACUAGACUUCAACCUUUAAAACAAUCUUUUUAAUUUGCUUAGAUUUUGUUUUUAUGUAGAAAAAAUGAGACUUUUUCUCAUAUGCAUGGGAAAUCCAUAUAGACAAAAAUAUUUUUAUUUUUAUUUUAAAUUUUCAGGAAGAUAAUGAGUAAGUUUUCAAAUUAACAUGUGCUGAUUAUCUAUCAGUACAUUGAUUGAUCAAAAACAACUUGUUCUUUUUUUUCGCACUACUUGCCUCUUUGUUGAAGAUCUGAUAUCUGAUCUUCCACUUUCUCGUCGAUAUGUAGCAAAAAAAAACAAUAAUCAAUACUACCGAUAAAUAAUAAUGAAAUAAAACUAGAAACUUAUUUUAUUCGCUAAAAAGUAUUUCUGACGGAGUCAAAGUGUAUAACGUAAAAAAAUUGUCAAUUUUUCAAAAAUUGAGGUGCCUUAUUGAAAGACAAAAAACCGUGCAUUUUAUCGGGUAGUCUUGCAUUGAAACAAAAAAUAUUUCGUCGAAAGUGAUUUCUUCGAUCUUUUCAAAAAUUGUUUCAUUUCUUCCGAACAAAAUUUCUCUGCACGUACUCGAAAAGAGUACAAAUUUAUUACUUUUGAUUUCGCCAGAAAUACCCUAUCAGAUCAACAGUGGACAAACAUUCUGUCAAAAAAAUUUUCGAUCACUCUAUAAUUAAAAUCUUUUUCAUAGGAAAUUGAUUUUAGUCAAAUUCCUGAUCGAUCACUAUUACCAAGAUUUAGUAGUAAAGUUCAUCAUGAGCUUCUCAUGGGUAAUCCUGAGUCAGUAAUGAAUGAAUUAAUUCGAGAAGCAACUGAUUUUUAUAUGAAUGUUAAUCCACAACUAACUCACGAUGUAGAAUAUAAAAAGAUUGGUAUUGUACUUAUUACAAAAUAUCCUUAUUUAGCAUGUGAAGAUACAAUUAAUCCUCAUGAUUUAAUUACAUCUCGAUUAUCAGCACGUAUUCGAAAUGUUCGUCGAAAGAUGCGUACUCGUGAAUAA